CCCCAUUAACACUUCUUCUCUAGAUAGUUCAAAAUUCUUCUAAACUUUUUUAUUUACUAUCACUUCUUGCCAGCAAAGAGAUAUGAGAGGAGGAAUAUGCAGUAUUCAGCUUCAGGCUCUCACGCCUGAAGCUGCAACUGUUGUCAAGCAGGCAGUUAGUCUCGCGACGAGGAGGGGCCACGCACAAGUGACUCCUCUUCACGUCGCGAGCGCCAUGCUGGCUGCAUCUGCAGGCCUUCUAAGGAAGGCUUGCCUUCAGUGCCACUCGCACCCGCUUCAGUGCAAGGCGUUGGAGCUCUGCUUCAACGUUGCACUGAACCGGUUGCCGGCGUCCACUCAAAGCCCACUAUUGGCACCUCAUCACCAGUACUCUUCGACGCCGUCGCUGUCCAACGCGCUGGUGGCGGCGUUCAAGCGCGCGCAGGCUCACCAGCGCCGCGGAUCCAUUGAGAACCAACAGCAGCAACAACAACACAUCUUGGCUUUGAAGAUUGAGGUGGAGCAACUCAUAAUCUCAAUCCUUGAUGACCCUAGCGUUAGUAGGGUCAUGAGAGAAGCUGGUUUCUCAAGCACAGUUAUCAAAGCUAGGGUUGAACAAGCUCUUUCAAUGGAGGUUUCUUCACAGAAAGAGUCCAAGGAAAGCAGCAUAAGGCCUCAUCAGCAACAACAAGUUCUUGGUAAUGGAAGCAAUAACAACAAUGUGUCACCGUCUUCUAGACCUUUUGGUCAGUUAUUCAUCAAAAAUGAUGAUGAUGAGGUGGUUAGUGUGUUGAAUGAGUUGGUGAAGAGGAGAAGGAACACAGUGAUAGUGGGAGAGAGUUUAAGCAAUGUUGAAGGAGUAGCGAAGGGAGUGAUGGAGAAAUUCGAGGUUGGGAAUGUUCCAAUGGAGUUAAGGUAUGUUCAAUUUGUGAGCCUUCCUUUGAUGUAUUUCAGGAACAUUUCGAAAGAAGAGGUUGAAAACAAGAUGAUGGAGAUUAGGAGCCUUGUGAGGAGCUAUGUUGGGAGAGGGCUUAUUCUCUACUUGGGUGAUCUCAAAUGGUUGUUUGACUUUUGGUCAACCUUUUGUUCUGAUGAAUCUUCAAAGAACUUGUAUUGUUCUUUGGAGCAUAUGGUUAUGGAGAUCAAGAAAUUGGUGUGUGAGAAUAAUAAUGGUAGUAGGGUUUGGCUUUUGGGGAUUUCAAGCUUUAAGACUUACAUGAAGUGUAAGAUUUCUCAUCCUUCUUUGGAAUCUAUUUGGGAGCUUCAUCCUUUCACUAUUCCUGUUGGAAGCCUUAGCCUAACUUUAAACUUUGACAGUGAUUUUCAAGGUCAAGAGAGAAGCAAUGCAUUAUUCAAGAACCUAACUUGCUGUAGAGAUUGUUCACUAAAUUUUGAAAAAGAAGCUCAGAGCAUAACCAAUAAUGUGAGCAGAAAAGUUAGCAGUGUUACUACUACUACCACCUUGCCAACAUGGCUCCAAAAUUGCAAAAAAGAAGACAAAAUUCUCAUAAUAGAAGAUGAGCAGGAAAAUACAAUAAGACUUAAGGAAGUGUGCAAGAAAUGGAACUCAUUUUGCAAUUCAGUUCACAACAACAACAAGAGACAGAUUUCAUCAUCAAUUCAUGAAAAACCAGUUUUGUUUGGUUCAUCAACUCCAUCAUCUCCAACUUCUGUUUCAUCAUCACAUGAAUUAUUAGCAAAAUCUAACAACACUCAUCAUCACCAAAGCCAGCACCUAAUAAACUGGCCAAUCAUAAGCAUUUCCACUGAGGAAAAAGUAGAACCAAUCAGAGAAUGUGAGUUACUAUACACUGAAAAUGGCAGUGAUGAAAAUUGUUGCUAUGAUGGCAACAACCUCAUCAUGUUCAUGCCAGAUCAUAGAGAAGACAAUAACAAUGACAAUGACAAUAAUGCCCUCCACCCUAAGCCAGAUCUCUUGUCAAAUCCAAACUCAAGUCCAAACUCAGCUUCUUCAAGUGAAGCAGUUGAAGGCUUAGACAGCACUCAGAUGUUCAAAGAACUCAAUGCUGAGAAUCUCAAGAUUCUCUCUGAUGCAUUGGACAGAAAAGUUCUUCAUCUUCAACUUCCACAACACAACAAAGGCAAGAUUGUUCAUGAGAUUGCAAGCACCAUCCUUCAAUGCAGAUCAGGAAUGAUGAGCAACAAAAACAGAUUGGUGAAGAGAGAAGAAGAGAAGCAAGAGACUUGGAUGGUGUUCUUGGGUUUGGACCAUUCUUCAAAUCAAGCCAAGGAGAGUGUCUCAAAGGAGAUAGCUAAGGCUGUGUUUGGAUCUUAUGCUAACUUUGUAACAAUUUCCAUGAGCAAUUUCCUCACUGAUGAAUCCAAACACUGCAAUAAGAAGAAGAGGCCAAGGAAUGAGUUUGGAAGCAGUUAUCUUCAGAGGUUUGGUGAGGCAGUUAAUGAGAAUCCUCAUAGAGUGUUCUUCAUGGAAGAUUUGGAUCAAGUUGAUAACUUUUCCCAAAAGGGUAUCAAGAAAGCCAUCGAGAGUGGUAGUUUGAUGCUUCCUGGUUGUGAAUCUGUUCCUCUCAAGGAUGCCAUUGUCAUUUUCAGCUGCGAAAGUUUCUUCAGUUCUUCUUCUGAUGAAUGCAAAGGCAAAGGGAAAGAGAAUGGUGAUGAUGAUGAUAACAAGAUGGAGGAGAAAAGUUCCAUGAGCCUUUGUUUGGAUCUGAAUAUUGCCAUUGAAGAUGAUGCUUCUAGAGGUGGAGACAUUAUUGGUAUCUUAGAGUUAGUUGAUAAGCAAAUUAAUUUUAGUGAACAAGAAUUAUCAUGAUAUCAUAGGAUAAUAAUAAUGCAUGGAAAUAAUAAUUAAACAUUAUUAUCCUCCUAUGACAAAUUUGGGUGUUACCUUUCUUUUUUCUUGUUUUAUUAUGUUUUUCAGUUACACAGAUUUUGUGGGGCAAAAAAAAAAAAGUGAUUUGCACUUAGCUUUUGUUUAAUUUAGUUAGAGAUAGAUACAACUUAUGUAGUAUUUCAAGCUUUGUUAUGGGGAAAUGGUAUAUUUAGC